AUGGCACCGCGAGAAGAAUUAUCAGGCGAUGAGUCUGAUGACUCUCAACUUGAAUGGGAAAUGGAACAAGGCAUUCCCCAAGUCGAAGACCCGUUCAUCCAAAAGUACAUGGCGGGGCGUCAGGCUCUGAUCGAACAGGAGAAGAAGCAACGCCAUGAUCGGGCUUUCAAACAAAACAUGUCUCCCAUGGCCAAACAGGCAGCCAAGAUCAUGGCCUCCAUUCGCCGCCGAGAGUUGCAGACUGUCUGGACCUCCGAGUUUGAGGAUAGUCUCGCUGAUAAGAACGGUGGCAACCUGUACCCAGGUAUGAUGUUCACCCUGGCUCGUGAUCGCAUGGAGACGACCGACUUGUGGAAAAUUGUCGAGAAGAUGCCAAAGGGAGCACUGCUGCAUGCUCAUCUGGACGCCAUGAUCGACAUUGACUGGCUGGUUGACCAGGCUCUGGCAGAGAAGGGAUUCUGCAUGGUUGCACCCGAAGGCCUGAGUGACAAGGGCAAACGAACUUCGGGUUUACUACAAUUCAGGUACUAUCCCGACGAAGUUGUCAAGAAGCAGAAGAGUACGGGUAGUAUUUGGACUGCGGCAUACACACCCAACACCCCUGUAACGAUCAGAGAAGCACAGAGGACAUUCCCGGACGAUGACCAAACCUUUAAGAAAUGGCUAAUUAGCAGGUGCACCAUUACCAACGAGGAGUCCUUGUGCCACCACCAUGGUUUGGAUGCCAUCUGGAAAAAGUUUCAGAGUACAUUCAUGGUCAUUACCUGGAUGUUUACAUACGAACCCAUCUUCCGCCGCGCCAUUCAGCGCCUUCUCGGCCAGUUGGCAAAUGAUGGCAUUAUCUACGUUGAUCUCAGAAUCGCUUUCAAGUUUGAAUUCCGAAAGCAAGGACAGACCACGGGUCAAAUUGGCAAAUUCGACGAUUUCUUCACCGUUCUGGGCGAGGAGAUUGAGAAGUUCAAACGAUCGCCUGCCGGAAAGACGUUCAAAGGAGCACGUUUGAUAUGGACCGUCAUCCGUAAAUCGGACAACCGAACAGUGGCCGAUUCCAUGAGGGAGUGCAUACGCAUGAAGAAGAAGUUUCCUCACAUGAUUUGCGGCUUUGAUUUCGUGGCUCAAGAAGACCAGGGAAGGACACUGAAGGAUCUCACGCCGCUGAUAUUCUGGUUCAAGAAGAAGUGCGCCGAGGCCGGGGUGGAUUUGCCUUUCUUCUUUCACGCAGGCGAAUGCCUUGGUGACGGUGACAGUACGGACAAUAACCUAUUCGAUGCACUUCUGUUGGGGACCAGACGCAUUGGACAUGGGUAUUCGUUAUACAAGCAUCCCCUGCUGAUUGACAUGGUCAAGGAGAAGAAGAUUCUGAUCGAGAGCUGCCCAAUCUCGAAUGAAAUCUUGCGACUCUCGAGCUCCAUCCUUUCGCACUCUCUCCCGGCACUGCUUUCACGAGGGGUGGCUGUGUCAUUGAACAACGACGACCCUGCAAUCUUGGGCCACGGAAAGAACGGCUUGAGUCAUGACUUCUGGCAGGCCUACAUGGCAUUUGAGAAUCUCGGGUUGGAAGGCCUAGCAACCAUGGCCGAGAACUCCCUCAAAUGGUGCGCCAUUGAAGACCAAAAACCGGGCGAGUGGACCAAAGACAUCACCGAGGGUUAUUUGGGUAAAGGCGUCAAGGCAAAGUUACUGCGAGAAUGGAGGAGCGAGUUUGAGAAGUGGUGUCAGUGGAUUUUGAUGGAAUAUCCGCUAGAGGCCGAGGAAGAGGAUGGAGAGGAUGAAGACGAAGAUGAGUCCGAGGAAGAUGAGGAGGACGAGGAAGAUGAGGACGACGAAGACGACGAAGAGUAG